AUUCCCCGGCUUUUGAUCCCACCAACCUCCACCCAAGAAUUAUGUACAGUCCCGUCCUUCAUCACACACAUCGGCAUGCCCCACCACCACCACCUCAGAAUUGGUCCCAUCGCCACUAUAACCCACCCCAUCCCACGGCGUCUAAACUCUUGUCCAAAAAAUGGGAAGACAAGAGCCGAUCACUGCACAUGAAAAAGAUCAAAGAAGCCAAAUCCACAAUUGAUAGUCGUCCACCUCGGGUAUGGCCGCAUUUGGAAGUGCGACUGAAGAGGGUUCAGGUUGAGCAAGAAAGGCUACAGGAAAUCGAACGGAACAACCACAUUUUGCUUGACCGUAUUGCCUUCCAGUUGGAUAAUCCAUCCCAAGUGUCCGAUUUGAAGAAUUCCCAGCGAGUCUCAUCCCACCGGGGAAGUGCAAAUUCAGUGAACAGUAGUGGUAGCACGAGGUCACUGCAUGCGCCUAAACGCAAAAGGGAUUUGAAAGCGAUUGAGGUUCAAAACAUGACCAUUUUGCAACGGAUCGAAGACCAGCCACCUACAUAUCCCCGCACAAAGUUCUUUGCAUCCCGCUGCCAAAAUCUGGAGUAUCUACGCAAUAUUGCACAAUAUCCUCAGACAUACGAAAGGCUCCUAGAGGGACAUGUGGGGAGGCAUCGCAGGGAGAGCUCUUUGUGUGUGCAUGAAGAGAUUGUUUUGCCGCCUCCUGGUAAAACUAGCGGGCGACCACCAACGAGACCUAAUCGAAUGUCGGGCCCUUUGGAAGAUUUAGUGAUUGAGGAUGUCGAGGAUGGGGGAGCAGCUGAGAGGAAGAGGGAGGAGUUGCCAAAGAUAGCGUGAUUUCCUUUUUUCCAUUAUGUUUUUAUUUCUCUAGGAAAUCGGUGCUGAAUAGGUUUCGAAGGGGAUGAUAUCAUUAUUUUGGCAUUCGAAAGUCUGGAGGAUUUGGCUAGCCCUUCAUCCAGAAUACAAAGAUUGCUUAUACCGCCG